GCUUACCGAGCGCUCUUUGAAAUUAACGCUCGUAUCGUCGUAUUCCAACCGAUAGAGAUAUCUCACCACACCGGUAAUAUGUGCUGUGGGAUGGUUAGGCAGUUUCAUCAUACUGUAGUUGUAGCCGGUGAGUAGACAUCGGCUUUGGACAGCGCCAGCUGAUGAGGGGUAACGCACUUGGUGUAUUUGUGGUUGCAAUUUGAACACCUCAAAGGCAGAUUAAUGCAUUUUUCGCGAAAAUAGCUUCCUAUUCCAUUGAAGGCUAUUGAUGUCGGUGAGUCGUUGUGACCAAAGAUGCUUACAGAUAUGAUUGAGGUGGAAGAAUUCGAAAUUAAGGAGGAAGAACCUUGGUAUGACAACCAGGACCUUGAGCAUGACCUCCACCUGGCUGCUGCGCUGGGGAAGACCCUGCUGGACAGGAACAGUGAGCUGGAGCAGGGUCUUCAGCAGAUGUACUCCACCAAUCAGGAACAGCUACAGGAGAUAGAGUACCUGACUAAGCAGAUGGACCUCCUGAGGCAGGUGAAUGACCAGCAUGCUAAGGUGUACGAGCAGCUAGACCAGUCUUCCAGAGAGCUGGAGCAAAGCAACACCCGCCUGGUACAGGACAACCGGGCCGCCCAGCACAAGAUCCAGGGGCUGACAGAGAUGAUCGAGGCUCUGCAGACCCAGAUGGAGGAUCUUCAAUGUCAGGUCGAAAAUUUGAAGACCGCCCCUGCCAAUCCCCAUAGGCAACCCCUUACAGAGUCAUAUCGGCCCUACGGGGCGCAGAGUGUGUCCUGUCUGAAUGACCUGCAACCCACACACAGAUACUCGAGUUACGACUCUGGCGACCAAUCUGAUGACCGCUGGUCUCCAUCUGACCUCUCGUGGCGGGAGGAGGAGCAGGAGUCGCUACGGCGAUCGCUCCGCUCCCUACAGACCCAGCUGGUCAAUGAACGUGCUCGGAGGGAGGGGGCGGAGCGAGAUGCAGACCUGCUAGCCAAUGAGAAUGUGGCGCUGGAACAGCGCCUGGGAAUGAUGGAGGGGUGCCAGGCCAGACUAGCGGAGCUGGAGUGUGAGGCUGAGGAGCUUCGUCAGCUGUGGAGAGCCAACCAUGCCACCAAAGCUUCGAGGUCAAGGGUCAGCCUGACAAUGCUGCCCAAUACCCUCUUCUUCCCCCUGAACCAGGAGAGGGGGAUAGGGGAGGAUGGCGAGAGCGAGGGAGACGUGAUGGACGUCAGCUACCUUUCCAAGCUGAAAGGUUGUGACGUCCUGAAGCGAUGCAACAGCGAGAAGCAGCUGAGGUCACCGUGGGAUGAGGGGUCAGAGGUAGACGAGAGUCAUGACCACGAGCGUUCGUGCAUCCGCCGUUCAGAGGUGGUGAAGCAGCGUGGGAUCUCCCUCCUCAACGAGGUUGACGCUCAGUACAGCGCUCUGCAGGUAAAAUAUGAUGCGCUGCUGCGGCUCUGCCAUCAGGGGCAGCCAGACCCAAGUCAGCAGCACAACCACAAGGAGGUCCAGACGCCCAGCGGAGCCCCCUCUGACUGCCCACAAAGCCCAGCCCCAGCCUCCCUUCGCAAGGCUGCAGGCACAGACAUGAAGGGCCAGGAGGAUGAACUUCACCAGCCUGACUACAAGGCCCUGUUCAAGGAGAUAUUUACCUGCAUCCAGAAAACCAAAGAGGACCUGAGUGAGAACAGAGGAAAGCCCUGGCAGUUGGAGUAGUAUGGCUUUCGUAGUAAACAAGCAAAAAUGGCUCUGCUUUUGCGCUGGACAUGCCGUUGUUUCUCGUUGGAGGUGAACAUGCUAGCUAUUAAGCAAGCACCUUACACAAACAAUUUGUAAGGCCUGGUAACUGAUGUACUGUGUUUAUAUCCGGUGGAACUGGAGAUGAAUCGAUUACCAUCUCUAAGGGCUCAUCUUUAUCUAUGGACACUGAAGCAGCCAGAGAAAGGCAAGAACCACCAGCUGAUGCUCUUUUGCAUGGAAAGAACAGUGCCUAACAUUCAGUCUACAUCAUUCUUCCUCAAUCACCCAGCCCUACCCGAGCCAUGUUGCCCUUAGAUUAGCGUCUAGGGGCAAUGUUAUUCUACUCUCAGGAACCAAGGACCUCAGGGAAACUUUCUGUGGACUUAGUGCUUUUCCAUGGUACCUCUAUGCACUGUUAAAUCAAAAGCUGCAUAUCCUUUUAAAGUGACCAUGUCUGAGCCUGAUGGUCAAAACGGUAACUUUGUGUCGUCUUUGUGUGCCUCAAAAACGCCACUCUUGGUGUUGAGUAAACACAAAUUAUGUGAAUUUACACUUCAGAAUUGUACUGUAUGUCUUCAAAAAAAGUUAGCAUGAUCCUGAAGUUUAAAAACUAAAGUCAUUGGGUAUGAAGACUGAGUUGUAUGUACAUGAUUGAUUUAGUAGUUAGCGAUAUAAUCUACUGAGGCUAUACCAGAAAUCGGCUAUGUUCUGUGGAGUGCUAUGGUAUUGUUGUGCUUUCCGAAUACAAUGUUGACAUUUCAUAAACCAAGUGUUGUUCCGAUUCUUUGUCAGAAACUGUCCGGUUAAUCGGUUUUGCUGCCUAACUCAUGCUAUCCUAAUGUAUCAUGAUAGACACCUCCUUAGUUGACAUCACUGUAAAAUCACAUUGUAAUGAGAUGCACUUUAGACUUACACAGUGAUGUUAUUUUCUGACACUUUAUGUAGCUAGCCACUGUUUAAGUGCUAUUAGUAAUUCCUGUUCAAUGUAUUAGAUACCAAAAUAAUUUGAAAUGUUUACAUACAUGUAUAAUAUAUACAUAUUUAUGUAUACAUACAUACAUACACUACCGUUCAAA